AGGGUAAAGCGCUGACUCUUUGGGGGGAGGGACAUUGUUUUUGCAAACAGAGGAGCAGCAUGCACAGUCAGAGCAUGUGGAGAGUUGGUCUACUGGUGGUGACCUGUUACAUCGGCCUUACUUUGGCCCAAUUCCCCCGGGAGUGUGUCACACCUGAUGGUCUGAGGAGCGGUCAGUGCUGCCCAUCCCCAACGGGGGUGGCAGGGGAUGCGUGUGGCUCCAUCUCGGGAAGAGGCCAGUGUGUGUCGAUUGCAGCAGACAGUCGCCGCCAUGGACCACAGUAUCCGUAUGUGGGACGUGAUGACAGAGAAAGGUGGCCUUUGAGAUUUUUCAACCGUACCUGCCAGUGUAACGGCAAUUUCAGUGGCUUCAACUGUGGACGAUGCAAGCACGGGCUGACCGGACCAAACUGUGAUCAGAGAAUCUCUGUUGUGAGGAGGAAUAUCAUGCAGAUGAGCACAGCUGAGAAGCAGGCUUUUGUGAAGGCUCUGGACCAAGCUAAGAGGACUGUCCAUCCCAACCUGGUCAUCUGCACAAGAAGGUACCAAGAGGUGCUUGGGCCUGAUGGCAACAGCCCACAGUUUGAGAAUGUCACCAUCUAUAACUACUUUGUUUGGAGCCACUACUACUCCGUCAGUAAGACGUUCCUGGGGCCGGGGCAGGCCAGCUUUGGAGGUGUGGACUUCUCCCACGAGGGUCCAGGGUUUGUCACCUGGCAUCGUUUUCAUCUGCUGCAGCUAGAGAGAGACAUGCAAGACAUGCUGGGUGACCCCACCUUUGCCCUCCCUUACUGGAACUUUGCCAUCGGCGGCGACGAGUGUGACAUCUGCACCGACGAGCUGCUGGGAGCGAGGAGCACGUUUGACCUGAACUCCAUCAGCCCCAACUCCGUGUUUUCUCAGUGGCGGGUCAUCUGUGAGAGUGUGGAGGACUAUGACACCCUGGGCACCGUCUGCAACAGUACGGAGAGUAGUCCAAUCAGGAGGAACCCAGCGGGGAAUGUCGCGAGGCCCAUGGUGCAGAGGCUGCCGGAGCCCAGGGACGUGUUGGACUGUCUGGAGCUGAACACCUUUGACACUCCGCCUUAUUACUCUACCUCCUCCGAGAGCUUCAGGAACAGCAUUGAAGGCUACAGCGCCCCCCAAGGGCCGUACGACCCCGUCAUCCGCAGCCUCCACAAUCUCGCACACCUCUUUCUGAAUGGGACAGGUGGACAGACUCACCUGUCACCUAAUGAUCCCAUCUUUGUCUUGUUGCACACCUUCACCGACGCCGUCUUUGAUGAGUGGCUGCGACGGCACCAACCAGGUGAAAUAAGUUACCCGGAGGAAAACGCCCCUAUCGGACACAACGGCAGGUUCAACAUGGUUCCUUUUUGGCCUCCAGUCACCAAUGCUGAGAUGUUUGUCUCAGCCUCGGAAAACCUGGGAUACUCAUAUGAUGUCCAGUGGCCAGCUGGUGCCUUCACCCUCUCCGAGAUCAUCACCAUGGCCAUCGUAGCAGCCGUGGUGGUUGUGGUACUGGUGGGGGGGGCCAUCGCCUGCGCCGCGCGAGCUCGCUCCCACCGCUCGGCCGAGGCCUUGGAGCCUCUGCUGAGCGAAACAUUCCGACGUUACUCAGAAGACGACAGGAGGUCGGACAAAUCCCAGUCUGUCGUCUGAUCCCUCUCCUCUCUGCCGAGGCUUUGACGUGUUCGUGGAGUUGUUUUUCCUUUUUUGCAUUCAUCAAUUUCCUCUAAUAAAGCAGAAGUGGUUUUUAAAAGUCCAGAAA